AUGUCGCCGCCAAUGCUUCGUAUGCUCUGUUUCACGUUUUUCCUUGCGAUUUUGUCUAUACAACAAUGUAUUUGUGCAUAUUCGCCGGAAAAUUCUCCAAGUCCGGCGCCGGUAUCAGGUGGAGAUCUAGGUUCUCUACCGCCGAUCGCUGCAGCUCCUAAAACUCCGUCACCGUCACCGUCGCCGUCACCUUUGGCCAAUGUGAGUUCUCCUCCGGCGUCUCCGCCGACAGAUCACUCUACUAAUUCUGCUCCGGCGCCGUCACCUGUAAGCGGAGAUAAUACUACUCCGACUCCUGCCUCGGCUCCCGUAGCAGAGCCUCCAUCUCCUUCUCCUUCUCCAGCUCCGAGUGAUGUAGCGGCGAGUGAUAUAAGCCACGAGAGUAAUACGGCGGAGGUGGAUGAAUCGUCAUCGUCGGACGGUGGAAUGAACGGAGGAAAGAAGGCAGGAGUAGCAUUUGGAGUAGUCGCGGCAGCGUGUGUUGUAGGUCUCGGAGCAUUGGUGUACAAGAAGCGCCGGCAGAAUAUCCGACGAGCACAGUUCGGGUACGCUGCCCGGAGAGAUUUUCUUUGAGUUGCAUGCUUCAUAUAUAUGCAAAUCUUUCCACAUAUAUCUCACAU